GCUACUCACAAGGAGGUGAACGGUUCCAACAUUUAUAUACCUUGAGGCUGAAGGUUGUUUGAAGACAGAAAUGAGACGCCUCACCAACAUUUUUCUCAGGCGGAUGAUUGUCAACGACUUAGAUAUGGAUGUUUUGGCUAAGGUGAGACUGUAUGAACUCAAGGUUUUGAAGCUUGAUAAAUGCUCAGGUUUCUCUCUACCGAUGGACUUUCAGCAUCCUAUAAACACUGCAGUUGAAGACCAUAUAGAAAGGAAGAAGAAUUUGUUGAGUAAGGAUCUCGGAAAAGUUGGGUUAAAUCAUUUUUUCGAAGGAACUUGA